AUGCUGACUAGAAUGUUUAUAACCUCAAAGAAUAAGUACAAUAAGAAAAUUGAGAAUGCUAUCAAGAAAAUAAAUAGACUUACGGGAAAUCCAGAGAACUCAUUCAAAUUUGAUGCUGAAAGGUUUAAGGAAAUUGAAUUAUUCGUCUAUGGCCAACGACCAAUUACUUACAAGCCAGCAUGGGGAAUUAAACUAUUCUGGAAAGAUAAUUUACCUACUUUGAGAUACCAUAAUCCUGAUAUUCAGUUCACUGUGACCAAUAUUACUGUUGAAAAUGAGUCCGAGUUAUCAAAGUUACCACUUAAAUUAAAAGUUCAUGGAACAGAUCAAAGUAGUAACUUUGAAAUCAAUUGCUCCGAUAAACCUCCCUCAAAAAUACUCAGUGAGUUGGUGGAAAUUACAAAGGCUAGAAAGUUGACUGAGGAGGAACUUCCCAAACUUCCUCUUAGACCAGUCAAAUAA